UCUGCCCCGGAAAGCAAAAGAAGAAGAGGGGUCGCAAUGCCUAUCAGCAGACCGCAGCAGCAAAGGCCACUGAGCUAGCAAGUUAGCUAGCUAGCUUACGAGAUAUGUAACGUUAGCGAACUAGCUGGCUUCAGCUCCGAGUUGCAGUCCGAAGCCCUGGUCUGUUAUCUGCUUUCCAGUGAAGUUAGCGACUGGCUAGCACGGCUAAAAAGUAAACAUUCUCGACAGGAGGUGGAGCGGGUAUAGCAGGUGGAAGAGCCAUGCACAGCUGUGUGUGGAGCUCUAGGGCUCUCUCGCCUGCCCUGCUCCCUCGGCUCUUCUCAGACACUAGAUGCUGUGGACGCAGACUGGACCGCCAGGUCCUGUGGGCCUCAGUCCGGCUUUUAGCCACAGCUCAGGACAGCCACCCCACACCUCUACCCAGCCAGGCCCGAGUAGUAAUAUGUGGUGGGGGCAUUGUUGGAACAUCUGUUGCCUAUCAUCUUGCCAAGCUUGGUUGGACAGAGAUAGUGCUCCUAGAGCAGGGGAGACUUGGAGCUGGCACAACUCGGCUGAGUGCAGGAAUAGUAAGCGUUGCCAAACCCAUUUCUGUUGAGAGCCAAAUGGCAGACUACUCUAAUGCGCUCUAUGAGCGUUUGGAGGAGGAGACUGGCGUCAAAACAGGUUUUGUCAGGACUGGCUCACUGUGUUUGGCUCAGAAUCAGGACCGUUUCAUUUCCCUGAAGCGCUUAGCAUCAAGGCUCAAGGUACUAGGUAUUGCCUGUGAUGUCAUCAAACCCAAAGAAGUUGCCAAGCUUCAUCCCUUGGUCAACAUUCAUGAUUUGGUGGGUGCUCUCCAUCUCCCCAGAGAUGCUGUGGUAUCAGCACCAGAUGUUAAUCAUGCGCUUGCUAUGGCAGCAGUAGGGCAUGGUGUCCAGAUCCAUGAAAGAACCAGCGUGAAUCAUGUUCUGGUGGAGAAGGGUCAUGUCACAGGAGUGGAGACUGACCGGGGCCCCAUUGAAUGCGAGUACUUCGUCAACUGUGCUGGACAGUGGGCGUACGAGCUCGGCCAGAGUAGUGAAGUUAAAGUGUCAGUGCCCCUGCAUGGCUGUGAGCAUUUUUACCUCCUCACCAAACCUCUACAGGAGCCUCUGUCACCCAAUACACCAGUGGUGAUGGAUAUGGAUGGGCGGAUCUAUGUACGGGCCUGGCAGGGUGGUGUUCUGUCAGGAGGCUUUGAAAAGAACCCCAAACCAAUCUUCACCGAGGGUCGCAAUCAGUUAGAGAUCCAGAACAUGCAGGAGGACUGGGACCAUUUUGAGCCCAUGUUAAGUGCCCUUCUGAGGAGAAUGCCAAGCCUGGACUCCUGUGAGAUCCACCAGCUGGUGAACUGUCCAGAGUCUUUCACUCCAGACAUGCGCUGUCUCAUGGGGGAGACUCCAGGCGUGCAUGGUUACUUUGUCCUGGCUGGCAUGAACUCCUCUGGCCUGUCCUUUGCAGGAGGAGCUGGAAAGUACUUGGCUGAAUGGAUGACCUAUGGUUACCCAAGUGCCAAUGUCUGGCCUCUGGACAUCAAGCGCUUUGGCAAUCUGCAGAGCAGCCGAACCUUUCUGCGCCAUCGUGUGAUGGAGGUCAUGCCCCUGCUGUAUGAGCUGAAAGUUCCAAGGUGGGACUUCCAGACAGGCCGGCAGCUGCGCACCAGCCCCUUGUAUGACCGAUUAGACACCCAGGGAGCUCGCUGGAUGGAGAAGCAUGGCUUUGAGCGUGCCAAAUAUUUUGUCCCUGCUGGAAAGGAUUUGCUGGCCUUGGACCAGAGUAAAACCUUCUACAAGCCAGACUGGUUUGACAUUGUUGGUGCUGAGGUGAAGUGCUGUAAGGAGGCAGUGUGUGUCAUAGACAUGUCCUCCUUCACCAAGUUUGAGCUCACAUCAAGUGGGGACCAAGCCCUAGAGUUGCUCCAGAGGCUGUGUGCCAAUGACCUGGAUGUUCCCGUAGGUCACAUUGUCCACACAGGCAUGCUCAAUGAGAGGGGCGGCUAUGAAAAUGACUGCAGCGUGGUGCGCCUUAGUAAAAACAGUUUCUUUAUCAUCUCCCCUACGGAUCAACAAGUGCAUUGCUGGUCUUGGAUAAAGAGGCACAUGCCCAGUGAUACCCAGCUUCACCUAGAGGAUGUCAGCUGGAAAUUCACCGCUCUUAAUCUGAUUGGCCCCCGAGCGAUGGAUGUGCUAUCUGAACUCUCUUAUGUCUCUAUGACUCCGGAGCACUUCCCAUCUUUGUUUUGUAAGGAAAUGAGUGUGGGCUAUGCCAAUGGAAUCAGGGUAAUGAGUAUGACUCACACUGGAGAGCCAGGCUUCAUGCUGUACAUCCCUAUAGAGUAUGCACUGCAUGUGUAUAACGAGGUUAUGGCAGUGGGUCAGAAGUAUGGCAUUCGUAACGCAGGCUACUAUGCCCUGCGUAGUCUCCGCAUUGAGAAGUUCUUUGCCUUCUGGGGACAGGAUCUGGACUCCUUCACUACACCCCUUGAAUGUGGUCGUGAGUUCCGUGUCAAGUUCGACAAACACACAGAUUUUCUUGGUAGGGAAGCUUUGCUGCAGCAGCGUCAGGAGGGAGUCACCCGCCGUUUCAUCAUGCUGGUCUUGGAAGAUCAUGACACUGAGCUGGACCUAUGGCCCUGGUGGGGCGAGCCCAUCUACCGCAAUGGUGAGCUAGUGGGAGUGACCACUAGCAGCGCCUACAGCUACACCUUGGAGCGCCAUGUGUGUCUGGGCUUCGUCAGCCCACCUAGUCUAGAUGGCACCCCCACUGUAGUCACUCCUGACUUCAUCAACCGUGGUGAUUAUGAGGUGGACAUUGCUGGCCAGAGGUACCCAGCCAAAGCCAAACUUUAUCCUUUCAGCUCACUUUUCGCCCAGCAGAGACGGCGUAAAGAUGACAUUGAACUGAGCAACUUUCAGGGAAAGUAAGGAGGCAGACCGACCUUAGUGGAGAGGUGCAGACCCAGUUUAAGGGUUUGAAUUAAUGAACGGGAUUAGUACAAUGGCUUUUAAUACAUACACCUCCACUUUUUAUCCUCUCAUACUGCGCUCUCAGUGCCAACCUCUCUGUCCCGUUGCACAGUCAGUCCUGUUGGUUCUAUUAUUUCUUGCUUUGCCUCUUAAGUGCAAUAACUGUUACACACCAAAUGAUCUGCCAGGAUCCUCGCUGCUGUGUCUAGUCAGUCUUUCUCAUACUAUUGGGCUAUAGUUGUUUUUGUUUCAACUUGUGAGAACUCUCUUUCUGUGUUUUCUGUCUUUUGGGACUUCAGGUUCAGUGGUCUACUCUGGAUUUGAACAGUUAGUCUGAUCUAUGUCGACUGAUCUGUUCCCAUUGCUUUAACGCACAAAAAGAGCUGGAGCAGCAUCUUCCGUUUUACAGAGAAAAAGACCAAAUAAGUAAGGAACCUAAGAUUGUGGUUCCUGUCUCUUUGUCUGCACCAGUACCAUAGACUGCAAGUUAAUUAACAGAACUAUUGCCCAUCUGAUUGUCUUUUUGACUGAAGUGGUCCCUUUGUUUAGUUGUAUGUUGACUAAUACGAAAAGGCUUGUGGGGUAUCUGAGGCUUUUCUGGUGAAUGAGAAACAGGGUGUCAGAAAAACGGGGUAAGAUGAUGUCCACGCGAUCAUUGUAGUAGUUUAUGGUGCUUUUGUCAUCUUCCUCUUCAGUGAAAAAUGUUAGUUUUCAUAUAUGUUUUGGUCUUGGUGCAUGUUUUCACUGUAGAUCUCUAACCAAAAACCAAGCCAUCUAGGGUAUAUUUCAAAUAAAGGGAUGUAUUUUUGUAUGUGGACAGAAUGUACAAAAGAUUCUUUUUGGUAUGUGAAAUUUGUAUAGCACUUUUAAGGUUCCUCUUAAUGGAUAUCAUUAUCUCCUCUUAAUAGGCAGGUGUCCACAAGAAAAUCACAUUUAAUUGUUGUUAAUGUAGUUCUAGUCCUGUAUAAAAGCACAUUUCAGAGAAACUGUUGCUGUUUAUGAACAGGUCUUUUUAGUCAAUGUUUAUGAACUUGAAGUAACUCAAACAUUGGAAAUUCAGAUGUCGCUAGAUCGGUUCACCUGCUUGAUUCGACUGCAUUAGUGAUUAUCAGAAAUCGGCACUUUCUCUGUGUCUAUAUUGUGUCUACAUGUCUAUGUAUGCGGUUGCAGGUAGUGUAUAUAGAAUCUGGUGAAUAGUAUGUGUUGCUACAAAUCAGCUUCUCAUGUCUAAACCUUUUUUUAAACAUUACUAUUCUUUAUUGGUGCAGGAGAAUGCACUUCAUUAUAAUUUGAAAAAUGCACCUUAUAGUUCUCAAUUUAUUAGGACUGAAACACUCUUAGAAAGUCAUUUUACUUCAUUGAAGUGGUUUUUGUACUAAAUGUUGCGUUUACUGUUCUGUUGCACUGCCUGAUGAAGGUCAUUAUGCUAAAGAUAUACUAAUAAAUCCCUAAUUUGUUCAAACUUAGAAAUUAAAUGGUUUAAUCAGUGUGCAAUGCAAAGUAAUUGAAGACUUGCUUUUAUUGCACAUUUUAACUCCUCUGUAGUGGAUCUACUACUUGGGUUAAUGUAGUCCUAACUUUGCUAAUUAUCUGGUAAGGUACUGCUCAGAUUUUCCGUCAUACGAGUGUUUUUAUUGCAUUAUCUCAUUCAAUCGAGUAUAACAGAGGUGAUCUGCUCUGUUUGAGAGAGAGAGAGAGAGAGAUAUAUUAUUGUUUGAAUAUCAUAGAAUGUGAGGGAAUAACACUGUUCUACCCAGAAUAUAUGGUCUAAGCGCUUGUGUUUGUUCUUAGAUCUUGAGUCAGCUGUACAGUGUAGAUGUGCAUGAUGAUUUUUGCCAUUGUAAACUAUGUGGUUCAAGAUGAAGAGUUGCAUUUUAAAACUUUUAAAGCAUUUAAAAUAGUGCUUAGAAGUCUCUAGAAUCUACAGACUCCUAUCUAAGCAGUAUUUUAAAGUCUAGGUGGUUGUGAGAGCACAGAAACAUUUACAUUUGCAAGGCGCUCUUAUCCAGAGAAACUUAGAAUUUACAUAGGUGGGCAAAGGUAGUGUUAGGAGUCUCGUCCAAGGACUCUUAUUGGUAUAGUGUAGGGUGCUUGCCCAGGCGGGGGUCAAACCCUAGUCUACAGUAAAGAGGGCAGAGGUGUUACUCACUACACUAUACAAAACAUUGAACUGUGACUGAUCAUGGAAUCUGGAGAUGCCUUGAGCCACAAACCACACAUUGACUUCACCAAUGGCUGCUUAGUAUAGGCUAAUAUGCAUUUGGUGUAAAUCAGCCAAAUCACAUGCUACUCCAGACCUAAUAUACGUUAUAAUUACAGUACAUCAUGUUGUAUGCAUUAUAAAUACAUUUCUGAGCCUCCAUUUGUUUGUUGCAGUAGGGCAGAAGCAUGAUUCAAAGGAACAAUUUGAUGUUUUAUUUCUUUACAGUGAGAUUUUGUGGCACUUGUAUCAAUGUCUGUCUCUUCAUCCAUUGAAGAGUUGAUACAGAGACUAAACGCUAUCUAUUGUGCACCUUAAGGAUAUUCUGCACAUGUGCCUUUUAUUUUGAGAACUAUGAGAAAAUGUCAGUUGUUGCUAGUUCAGAAUAUGCUGAGUACAGAGCAUGAAGGGGGCAGGGUUUUAGACUACAAUUUAAAAAAAAAAACAGCAUGAAUCUUAGAAGAUUACUUUUCCUCCAGAGAUUCAGACUGUGAACACUAUAAUCAACCAGUUUUUUCUCCCAAUAAUUGUAAUGAUUCUCAAGACUUAAGCAUCUGGUUUCAGUGAAUUUUGUUGAAAAGUUAACCAUAGCUGGGAGAAUGUACGUGCAGGGCUUGCGCUGACUAAUCUAUGAUCUAUUAUCUACAUACAGAUUUUUUUUUUGAAAAUAGUAAUAGUAAGCUGUCUUCUAUUCCAAUGCACUUGGAGCAUCUGAUAAGUUGUGCCGUGUUGUUUACUUCUGUACUGCUUUUAUUUCUGGUUGCUGUAUUUUGCAUCUCAAGUGAAACUCCUUUCCACCUUGUCUCCUAGAAUCAAAAGAGUCUCUUAUUAUGACUUGCCUUUGCUCCACUGUACUUCAUGUAUUUAUAAUCUGUUGUACAGGUAUUUUGUUGUAUCUGUAUUAUUAUUGUUGAUAAUAAAACAAAAUACA